GUCAUUCACAAUCAAAACAAAAACGCGAUCUUUAUUCCGAAAGUGAGCUCCAAAACAAGACGCAUACAAAUUCCAAAGCAGUGAAAAAGUUCUCCGCAGUCUAUAAAAGUGUAAUUAGUGUGUUUGUUUAAUGCAGUGUCUGUGAUUGUGUUUUACCAUGUUUGGUUUCAGCAAGCCAACGCCACCCAAGCGUGAACGAACGCGAAAUCCUGCGGAGUUUGGAAUAUUCGGACUAUCGGACGAUAUCGCAGGUAUCGGAGACGAUGAUGGAAGUGAUGCAGAUGACGAUGCUUUGGAAGCGGAACUGGCUGCAAUUACGGCCGGAAUGGGUGGCGUUCGAAAAGCGAAACCAAAACCCAAACCGAAAGGAAUUGUGGCACCACAGGAGCUGGAUGCUAUGGUAGCGGCUAGUUUGCGAGACGUGGGUAGCGAUGAGGAUGCGUCCGAUGGCGACGAAGAUGAUUCGGAUUUGUUGGAUGAACUGUCAGCGAUUACGGGAGACGCGGGUGAAUACGAAGAGGAAGUCGCUAAAGCUAAACCUCCAACAGCACCGCCAAGAAAAAGUUCAUCGAAUGAAGAGUUAGUAGCACUGCUUAAAUCUCGUGUCGUAAUGUACACACAGGCCGAGGAGGGUGCCAAGAAAGGGGGUGAUUCGGGAAAAGCAAGAAGAUUUAAUCGUGGGCUUAAAACACUCAAAGACCAAUUACGACUGGCCGAAGCAGGAAAGGCAGUCGAUCAGAGUGAAAUACCUCCUGAAGUGAGCGUUAAAUUGGCAGCGCCGCCGAAGGAUGCUACAAAUGAUACAUCGAAACCUAUUGCAACAGGGCCAGCACCUGUUCGUCCUGCGCCUCCGCCACCAUCUGCGAUCUCUCCAUCUACCCCAGAUGAGCCAGGACCUUCACGAGCAGUACCACCGGUGCCACCAAGACGUGAAGCAAAGCCACCAACGAUGCCGGCACCAGUACUGCAAGAAACAGUCGCGAAGGAAAACCCUAAGCUAACUCUUCUAAAUGAAAGAAAGCAACUCUACAAACAAGCUGCACUAAAUGCAAAAAAAGCGGGUAAUAACGAACAAGCGAUGGCGUACGUUAAGGUUCUAAAACAGUUCGAUGUGGUAAUUCAUGCCAUGGAAAAUGGUGAGGAAGUAGAUCUUAGUCGAAUGCCACCGCCUCCGAGUGAGUUGAGUACUGCACAGACUAUCCAACCACCAGUGCCUUCCGAUAGCAAACCGAAACAGGAAGAAAAGAUACAGAAGGAAGCGGAAACACCUUCACCAUCUGUUCCCGUUGGUACUGUGGAACAACCGAUCGACGAAGAAGAGGAGGAAGAGGAAAACUUAAUUCAAGCAUCUACUGUGCUGGAAGCACUUGAGCAGCGUUUGGAAAAGUAUAUAUCCGUCGAACAGGCGGCCAAAGACGAGGGCAACAGUUCGAAAGCUCGCCGAAUGGGAAGAAUUGUGAAACAAUAUCAAGACGCGAUAAAGAUGCAUAAGGCAGGGAAACCGAUUCCCAUCGAUGAACUACCAACACCACCGGGCUAUGGGCCAAUUCCGGUCGAUGGACCUCCGAAGCCACCGGUACCAGCUGUAGCUAAAAAGCCUGCUCCUUCCAUACCGCAGAAACCUCAAGUGGCAUCGCCACUCCUACCGGCCGGAGAGCAAAUGCCAGGGCCAAGCAAGAGCUCACCGAAACCAGCUACACUGUUCGAUAAACAGUUAAACCUUUUGCUGGAACGUCACCGCGAAUACAAACAGGCGGCUAUUGAAGCGAAAAAAGCAGGCGAUCUCGAUGAAGCGAAGGAAUGUUUGCGAGUGUUCAAGGGGCUGGAAAAGCUGAUAGAGGUAGCUCGCGCUGGUGGCAGGGUAGAUCUGACAACGGUUCCGAUUGCACCCUCGAAACGCAACGCACUCGAGGCGUCCUUUACUAUUGUGAACACGGAGGACUGCGAUCAGCCGGGAGGCGAUAAUGAACAGACAGGGACUGACCAGGGCGUCGAUGGUGAAACGCGUAUAAGGCUAGAGGAACAGUUGUCAAAGCAGUUGAUUAUCUGCCGGAAUACUCGCGAUCAUCAUCGCGCAAUGGGUGACAUUGCGGGGAUGAACAAAUUCGAAAAUCUCGCGCUCAACGUACAGAAGGAUCUCGAUCUGGUACGGCUGGUCCAUCGGCAGGGAUUACCGUUGCCUAAAUUCCACUAUGAAAAGCUCCAAUUUAAUGUGGUAAAAUGCCACACGGAUCUGUCGGACAAUGAGAUCGAGAUAUGUGUGGUGCGCGGAAUCAAUUACAACGUUCCCAAUCCGAAGGAUGUCGAUACCUAUGUGAAGUUUGAGUUUCCUUAUCCGCAGGAAGAUCCGUUGAAAGGAAGGACGAACCUCGUUAAAGACACUCACAGUCCCGAGUACAAUUACCAGCAAACGCUCGAAAUCCAACGCAACCAGCGAAACUGUCAGCGUGUGUUCAAGCGACAAGCGGUGAAAUGUGAAGUCUUCUCGAAGGGCUGCUGCUGUCACGGUGCAUCAACUGGACUUUUCUCCUGUUUCAGUGGUUUCCUGCGCUCGGACGUGCUGAUCGGUACGGUGACGGUCAAGUUGCAGCCGCUGGAGACGCAGAUCGAAAUCCACGAUUCAUUUCCGCUAAUGGACGGGAGGCGUACGGUCGGUGGCAAGCUCGAGGUCAAAAUACGUGUUCGUAAUCCCAUCCUGACGAAGCAAAUCGAGCAGAUUAACGAACGUUGGGUGGUGCUCGAUUCAUAGACACACUUCCGGGACGACGAAUGACUUCCGUUUCGGGAUGGCGCGGCGACACGCGGGACAUGAAAUUCUGAACCAAAUUACCGAACUAUUUGUAUGUGGGUGUGCAUAUAGGUGUGUGCACCGUGCAGCGGUGUACCGGUAUCAAACUGCAACAACGAAACGCUUUGUGCAACGGAUUGCGCGAAAUGUAGCUGAAUAAAUUAAACUCAUUCGGCCGGCUUUGUACUAUGGACAGACCGUGCAAACCAGUUUCGGUCGAUGUUAGAAUGUGAUAUUAAAGGAAACGGUUUGCUUUUAGCAUUCGGUCCACACGAGAAACCAUCCGUGUGCUAUGUUUGUGUGGGGUUUUAUCGGUAUCAAUUGAAUGAAUACAACUCCUAACUCGUUCGCUUCUUGAUUGACUGUUCCGCCGGGGAGCUUGAUUCACGGUCGCGGAGAUGGCGGCAGUACGUCACAAAGCAUAAAGUAUGUCCAUUCGGCUAAUUACGAUACUGUACGAUGUUGUCACCCAGUGCAUAAGACAAUGUAAAGAACACGCUUACACAGUUAUCUAAUUGUUAGGUAUGAAAUAAUGAACUUCAAAGAAGAGAUACGGCGCAAAAACGUUGCAAACUAAAACUAACAGAAAUACGAGUCUCGUAAAGCUUUCACGUUUCGUGUUGUAACACACCAAGCAAAAAAUUAUAUUUUACACGUUUUGGUUCUGGUUGGAAUGAAAAAAAAAUUGUUUAAUACCGUUCGUUUUUAUGUAUUUAUCAGUUUAAAAAACACAUUUAUGUACGGA